AGGUCCAAAGUUCGUUUUCAUUCAAGCUGUAACCUAUUUUUUUUUUGUUUAUUUGUGACCUAGAAUCCAAACUAGAAGUCACUAGAUCUAGAUUCCUAGAACUAUAUAUAUAAUUUUGAAUACAUUAAACAGGUGAGUCAUUCAAUUUCUAUAUUGAUCAUAAGUUUCAUCAAAAGAAGGGGCUUUUACUCUAUUGAAAAUGGCAAACUUUUCCAAUCGUUUGCCCGAGAUAGCAAAACAUGGUUGCUAUUUGCUUCGUUGUAAACGAUUAUUUACUACUGAUGUUCCUCGAAUCACCACUCAUUACACAAUACAUCCAAGAGACAAAGAUCCCAGGUGGAAAGAUGUCAACAUGGAAAGGUUUGCGGAUGAAGCAGAUGUUCUCAUCGUUGGUGGUGGACCCUCGGGACUUUCAGCUGCCAUAAAAUUGAAACAGCUAGCCACCAGUGCAGGAAAAGACUUGAGAGUGUGCCUUGUAGAAAAAUCUGCUGAAAUGGGUGGUCAUACUUUAUCAGGAGCUUGCCUUGAACCAAGGGCCUUAAAUGAGCUGUUUCCUAACUGGAAAGAACUGGGUGCACCAGUUACACAAGAAGUAACAGGGGACAAAUUUUAUUUCCUGACAGAGAAAUCAAGAAUACCUAUUCCAUUGCUACCAGGUAUGCCUAUGCAGAACCAUGGUAAUUAUAUCAUACGAUUGGGAAAGCUAGUCAAGUGGUUGGCUGAACAGGCAGAAAGUUUAGGAGUGGAAUUGUAUCCUGGAACAGCAGCGAGUGAGGUUCUUUACCAUGAGGAUGGCAGUGUCAAAGGGGUGGCUACUAAUGAUGUAGGGAUAGCAAAAGAUGGCUCACCAAAAGAUUCAUUUCAAAGAGGCAUGGAACUGCAUGCCAAGGUCACCUUGUUUGGAGAGGGUUGCCAUGGUCACUUGGCCAAAACUUUGUUUAAGAAGUUUAACCUUAGAGAGAACUGUGACCCUCAGCUCUAUGGCAUUGGUGUGAAGGAGUUGUGGGAAGUGGAUCCUGCUUUGCAUAAGCCUGGCUUGGUGGAGCAUACCGUAGGAUGGCCUUUAGACAGAAACACAUAUGGUGGAUCAUUUCUAUAUCACUUAAAUGAUGAAGGAGCACCUCUUGUAUCUGUUGGUGUUGUGGUUGGAUUAGAUUACACUAAUCCUUACCUGAGUCCAUUCUUAGAGCUCCAGAAGUUCAAGACACAUCCAGGAAACAUUAAAUUGUUUCAGAACGGGAAAAGAAUAGCUUAUGGGGCUAGGGCACUCAAUGAAGGAGGCUUUCAGAGUAUACCAAAGUUGACAUUUCCUGGGGGCUGUUUGAUAGGCUGCAGUCCUGGCUUUCUAAAUCUUCCAAAGAUCAAAGGAAUCCACAAUGCAAUGAAGAGUGGAAUGGUGGCAGCAGAGGCUGUCUAUGAGACACUGACUGAUGAAAAUGCUGCUUCUAAAUCAAAAACAAAAGGCUUUGAUCCAAUUUCAUAUGAAGAAAAAAUGAAAGCUAGCUGGACGUGGUCAGAGCUGAAGUCCGUCCGCAAUGUCCGUUCUUCUUUCCACACAUCUUUGGGCUUGUAUGGAGGAAUGCUGUACACUGGUGUUGUGUAUUACAUCCUGAGAGGCAAGGAACCAUAUACCGGACAUAUUAAAGAUGCAGACCACAAAUCACUACAGCCUAUUAACGACUGCAAGCCUAUAUCCUACCCCAAGCCAGACAAUGUUGUGACCUUUGACCUGCUGUCCUCCGUAGCUCUAACAGGAACCAACCAUGACCACGAUGAGCCUCCUCACCUGACCUUGAGGGAUGACAGUGUUCCCAUGGCUAAGAACUUUGCCAUCUAUGGCGGCCCUGAGCAAAGGUUUUGCCCAGCUGGUGUUUAUGAGUAUGUGGAAAGAGAAGAUGGCAAAGGUCACAGACUCCAGAUCAAUGCUCAAAACUGUAUUCACUGCAAGACCUGUGAUAUCAAAGACCCAAGCCAGAACAUCAACUGGGUUUGUCCUCAGGGAGGGGAAGGGCCAGCUUACAAUGGAAUGUGAAAACAAAUGUUUCUGCCUUAAUAAACAUAUAGUAUUUUGUUUGUAUAUAAUCUGCUAGAUGUGUACCACAGAACAUACACCCAAAUCUAGAUCAGAACUUGUGCAAUCCUAUGACAUACUUCUUCUCCUUAGAGCUUCAUAGAAAAUUAUGAGUGAAUUUUUUUUUUU